UUGACUCUAUUUGGAGUUGUCUGGAUUACAGAGGGGAUUUGUUCUGGCUCAUUUCUGCUCGUACUCGCACCUCAGCUCACUGACGGGUUGUGUCCUCUCAGAGAGCCCUCAGCAGGAUGAGCGCUGUCCAGACGCAGAGGAUGUUAUGCCUGUGGGUUUUGGUCUUUGCGGGAAUAACAGCAGUUUGCGGUUCAAAUGUCUGCACCUCCAGAGGAGCCAGCACAUGCAAGCAAUGUCUGGAUGUGCACCCCAGCUGUGCGUGGUGCUCGCAAGAGGACUUUGGUCAAGGAGUUGCCAGCCUGUCCCGUUGUGAUUUGAAAAGUAACCUGGUAGCAGCGGGCUGUGCUCCAUCAGCUCUGGAGUCUCCGACCAGCAAACUGCAGGUGAUUGAGGACCGGCCCCUCAGUAACAAGGCAGCAGGGGCAACACAAGACGUUACCCAGAUAAAGCCGCAGAAAAUACACAUCACCCUCAGGCCAGAUGAUGCUAAGCGCUUCACAGUGAAGGUGCGCCAGGUAGAGGACUACCCUGUAGAUCUCUACUACCUCAUGGAUCUCUCCUACUCCAUGAAUGAUGACCUCACCCGGCUGAGGACGCUCGGCAAAGGCCUGGCCGAGGCCAUGAACCGCACCACCAGCAACCUGCGCAUGGGAUUUGGAGCUUUCGUGGACAAGCCGCUCUCACCUUACAUGUACAUCUCACCCAAAGAGGCUGUAAAGAACCCCUGCUACAGCAUCAAUACCACCUGUCUGCCCCAGUUUGGCUACAAACAUGUCCUGUCUCUGACGGAGGAAGUGGGCCGCUUCACAGAGGAGGUGAAGAAGCAGAUGGUGUCCAGAAACCGAGAUGCCCCGGAGGGAGGCUUUGAUGCCAUCAUCCAGGCUGCUGUGUGCAAGGAGCAGAUCGGCUGGCGUCCAGGUGCUUCCCACCUUCUGAUCUUCACUUCAGACGCAAAGACUCACGUGGCUCUGGAUGGUCGUCUGGCUGGAAUCGUGGAGCCCAAUGAUGGAAAGUGCCAUCUGAACUCUGAUAAUAUUUACAGCAAGUCCACAACCAUGGAUUACCCCUCUCUUGCUCUGAUCACGGAGAAGAUGUCAGAGAACAACAUCAACCUCAUAUUUGCAGUCACCAACCCCGUGGUUACCCUUUACCAGAACUACAGUGAGCUGAUUCCUGGCACCACAGUAGGAACCCUGUCCAAUGACUCGGGAAAUGUUAUUCAGCUCAUACUGAAGGCAUACAAAAAAAUUCGUUCCAAGGUGGAACUGGAGCUUCAGGGCGUGCCAGAGGAACUGUCUCUUUCCUUCAACGCCACCUGCCUGAACGGAGAGGUCAUCCCUGGCCUCAAAUCCUGCUCCGGGCUCAAAAUAGGAGAUACGGUCUCUUUCAGUGUGGAGGCUCGUGCUCGUGGUUGCCCACCCAAAAAGAAGAAAACCUUUAUCAUCAAACCUGUGGGCUUCAAGGACUCCCUCUCCAUCACUGUCACCUUUGAGUGUGACUGCAAGUGCCAGGCCAAAGCACAGCCUAAUAGCCCCAAAUGUAGUAAUGGAAAUGGCACCUUUGAGUGCGGCAUAUGCCUGUGCCACCCAGGUCGCUUAGGGCCCCACUGUGAGUGCGCUGAAGGCGAUUAUAACCCCACGGCGCAGGACCACUGCAGUGGACCUGCAGGGCCUGGAGGACCUCAGUCUUCUAUCUGCAGCGGCCGUGGGGACUGCGUGUGUGGCCAGUGUGUGUGCCACAGCAGUGACUUUGGGAAAGUCUGGGGAAAGCUGUGCGAGUGUGAUGACUUCAACUGCCUGCGCUACAAGGGAGAGCUCUGCUCAGGGCAUGGCGUCUGUAACUGUGGCUUCUGCCAGUGCGCGCCAGACUGGCAGGGUGAGAACUGUAACUGCUCCAGACGUACAGACACAUGCAUGUCCAGCCUGGGUCUCCUGUGCAGUGGGAGGGGACAGUGUGUGUGCGGAGCCUGCGAGUGUACACAGCCAGGUGCCUACGGAGCCACAUGUGACAAGUGCCCCACCUGCCCCGACGCCUGUACCAUGAAGAAGGAGUGUGUGGAGUGUAAGCACUUCAAGAGGGGCAAACUGAUUGAAGAUAAAACCUGCUCUCGAAUCUGCAAGGAUGAGAUCAUUCUUGUGGAUGAAUUAGAGCUCCAUGACACAAAUGCUGUGAACUGCACUUACAAAGAUGAGAAUGACUGUGUGGCUCGUUUUCAGUACUAUGAAGAUGCCAGUGGCAAAUCCAUCCUCUAUGUUGUCAAAGAGCCAGACUGCCCCAAGGGUCCAGACAUUUUGGUGGUGCUUCUGUCAGUGGCUGGAGCCAUCUUAUUCCUGGGCUUGGCUGCUCUGCUUAUCUGGAAGCUGCUGGUUACCAUCCACGACAGGCGAGAGUUUGCCAAAUUUGAGGAAGAACGCGCUCGUGCCAAGUGGGAAACAGGGCACAAUCCUCUUUACAAGGGAGCAACAUCGACCUUCACAAACAUCACGUACAGAGGAAAAGACUGAUGCUACUGAACAGAGAUGAAGGAUGAAAUAAUGCACUUCUACAAUCCUCUGUGAGAAGGCAGCGAAUCAUGUGCAGGCCUCUACUGUCACACAAUAAUUAAUAAUUAUUUGUUUGUAAAUAUGUAGAAAUCAUUCUGAGGAGACAUUUUAUCAGGGAUUUGACAUGAAACACCCACCUGUAGUACUAUUGUACUACAGGUGGGUGUUUUGUUUGACCACGACUUGUUUUGUUGUGCAGUCCAUAAUAAAGGUUUAGUUCACCCAAACUGGUACCUUGCCACGAAAGGGGAAAUUUCCUCAACUUUUUUGCAAGAUAUGGAUGAUCUGGGCAAAAUGUAGUGAUUAGAUAAUUAAGAUCUAAGAGGUUCUAUGUACUUCCCAGUGUACCAGGGGUAUUCCAGGAGUACCUACAGACAUUGCUCCUCUUUAGAUAAUUUUUGAGUUCUCAUUUAAAAAAAAAAAAACUCUUGGCACCAAGACAAAUGUUUUACUUAUUAAAAUAAAACCAAAAGGAUCCACAUGACAUGACACAUGGUGAACUUAUCCUUUAAUUCUCUAUAGAACCUGAAUUGUUCAUAGUGUUGGGAUUUCCUGUUUGUGAAACCCAGUGGGACUUCCAACAGAUAUCAUGUGAUUUGGAGUAAACUGUUAAUAUACUGAAAUUUUCUUGUGUGAAGACUGUUUACCUAAUUUUCUGCAAAGACAUGAAAUGUAAUUUUUAGUCAUUUUUUUUUUUUCUAAUGCAGUGAAUGUUAUAACCAUGUAACUGGAGACAUUAAGGUUAAAGCAAGCCAUCCUUUUCCCCUGUCUUUAAGCCAGCUUUCUUCCGAUUCGCUGCCCCUUGCAAACAAAAGGUUUGGAUGGCAGGUGGUGGGGCUUGUGUGCUCACAGCCAGAUCUUUGCACCCAAAGUGAUCAUAUUAGAGUUAUUCAUUCUCACUGAUAAUGACUCAAAAGUAGGAAGAAAUUGUCUGAAACAGAGCUUUGAAAACAAGUAAAGGUACAACAGUGACAAAGUUCUGCCGUGUUUCUGUUUUUUAUGUUAAAAACCUGAUGAAUAAAACUGAGCACCCCUCCAUUAAAAAAAUACAAC